GUGCCUCCCUGAGGUUGCAAUGUAUUUUGAAGUUAGUUUAAAAUGUUCAAAUGACAAGUAACCUGAAUAAAACACUUUUGAAAGUUACCAAAUACAUUUACAGGCUUAUUUCUGGGAUAUGCUUUGUGUUCAAAUCAUGUUUUGACACAUAACACAACACAACACCUUUCUGUCAGUGUGACAUAAUCCCUCCCCCUGUCCUGUAUUGGAAAAAACACACACCCAGAGGCAGCAGCGUAUAAAGGCAGAGUCAUUCUUAGGCAACAGUGGACUUUAGGACCUGCAGUGAGUUGGAGAUGAGUUCAAGGAAGCAGGAACGCUCCAGACUCAAGGAUUCCCAGCAGGAAAAUGGAGUCCAGUCGAACCAUUACAGCACCAUCUCUCCUCCUGCCUCACCCGUGGCACAAGAGGAACCUUUCUCUACCUACUUUGAGGAGAGAGUUCCCAUUCCAGAAAGUCCCAACCAGAUAUUCAGUUUCCGUAAACUCUGGGCCUUCACCGGACCGGGGUUUUUGAUGAGCAUUGCUUACUUGGAUCCUGGGAACAUCGAAUCAGACCUGCAGUCUGGGGCAAAAGCUGGUUUUAAGCUCCUAUGGGUGCUGCUUGUGUCCACCAUCAUUGGGCUGCUGCUGCAGAGGCUCGCUGCACGCCUCGGCGUCGUCACCGGGAUGCACCUGGCUGAGGUCUGCAACCGCCAGUAUCCCACCGUUCCACGGAUUAUUCUCUGGUUAAUGAUCGAGCUGGCUAUUAUUGGUUCAGACAUGCAGGAGGUCAUCGGCUGUGCCAUAGCUUUCAACCUUCUGUCAGUGGGCAGGAUCCCACUGUGGGCAGGAGUUCUCAUCACCAUCACAGACACGUUUGUGUUCCUCUUUUUAGACAAAUACGGCUUGAGGAAACUUGAGGCUUUCUUUGGAUUCCUGAUUACUGUAAUGGCCAUAAGUUUUGGUUAUGAGUACGUUCUGGUGAAACCGGAUCAGGGAGAGGUUCUUAAAGGGAUGUUUUUGCCGUACUGUGCUGACUGCGGGCCCGUGCAGCUGGAGCAGGCCGUGGGAAUCGUUGGUGCUGUCAUCAUGCCCCACAACAUCUACCUGCACUCAGCGCUUGUAAAGUCCAGAGAAGUGGAUCGGAAAAAUAAGAAGGAAGUAAAAGAAGCCAAUAAGUACUUUUUUAUUGAAUCAUCUAUCGCCCUUUUCGUGUCCUUCCUCAUCAACGUCUUCGUCGUCGCAGUCUUUGCUCAGGCUUUUUACAAUAAAACUAACAUGGACGUGUACGAUGAGUGCAACAAGACCGGCAUCCACCACGACGACCUCUUCCCUCUCAACAAUGGCACUCUGGAGGUGGACAUCUACAAAGGGGGAGUGGUGUUGGGGUGUUUCUUUGGACCUGCAGCUCUCUACAUCUGGGCUGUCGGGAUUCUGGCAGCCGGUCAGAGCUCCACCAUGACGGGCACUUACUCUGGACAGUUUGUGAUGGAGGGGUUUCUGAACCUGAAGUGGUCUCGUUUUGCUCGGGUGCUGCUGACCCGCUCCAUCGCUAUCACGCCAACGCUCCUCGUCGCCAUUUUCCAGGACGUUCACCAUCUGACGGGGAUGAACGACUUCCUCAAUGUGCUUCAAAGCAUGCAGCUCCCGUUUGCUUUGAUCCCGAUCCUGACGUUCACCAGUCUGACUUCCAUCAUGAAUGACUUUGCUAACGGGCUGGCGUGGAAGAUUGCAGGAGGCGUCCUCAUCCUGGUGGUUUGUGCAAUCAACAUGUACUUUGUGAUUGUUUAUGUGACUGCGCUGAACAGCAUCCUGCUCUACGUUAUCGCUGCUCUCCUCUCCGUGGCAUACCUGGCCUUCGUGAUCUACCUGGCUUGGCACUGCCUGGUUGCCCUGGGGGUUUCCUACCUGGACUGUGGCAGCAGGAUGGACGGUGGACUGUCCCGCCACACAGACCUGUACCUACUGAAUGACAUGGAGACGGAACCGCAGGCUGAGAGAUAAUGGGACGCCGGGUGCAGUCCGGUGCUGCACUCUGACUGUAGACGCACGAUUUGACUGGAGGGAACCUCUGAAGCUCGGCCAGUAUAACUUUCUCUUCAACCCUCGGCGUCUCACAUCAGCUGAAGUGUCCUUACGGCGCACCAGGAGACAUUUAAACAUGUCCAGCAUCUCAGACGCUUCGUCUUUCCAGGACAGCAUCCUGUGUAUUAAAUGGCGUGUGGAUGCUAAAGGGAGAUCUGAGAAGCUGGAUAAUGCCAAGGACACUUAGUGUUAGCGACCACACACUGCAGCACAUAUUUAAUCAUUUCCUUUCGUGAACAAAUCAAAUAAUGAAACUUCAAUAGCAAAUUAUCAGAGCAAUAGAUUCAGAGAAACAGUGGUGUUUGAAUGCUGGUGUCCAUCAUUCCCAACAAGCUACUGCACACUGCUCUUUAUUAGCCAUUUUUUUUCUCACCUUCAACAUUUUUAUCCGUCAGGGAAAACAUACAUUAGUUUAUAUAAUUAUCUACAUAUUUAUAAAUAUGUUACUGCUACAUUAUCAGGUCAUACUGUAUGUCGCAGUAUGUUUGUUGUUUUAAACGUUAGCUCUUUGUCAGGGACCAAGCUGCUUCCCUUUAUGUUACAAAAGCCUGGGAUAAAUUAUUUAUUCAGAUAUUUAACUCAAAGUCAUUGUAAAAAGUGAGAAGGGUGUUCAAUAUGAGUAAAAAAAGUCAUCUGGUCUUUAAGCACUUACUUUAGACUGACAUAGAUUUUUUUUUUCUCCAAAUAAUUUUAAAGACAUUUGUGGCCGAAUGGUGGAUUUAGUAUGAUACAAGCAUGCUAAAUAAAACUCAGAGAUCAUUUAUAAUUAACAAGUAUAAAACAUUUUAAUUUCACCAUGUUUGAAUUAAAUUAUAUUUUUAUUUCAUACAAAGAACCAG